AUAAGACUGAUCCAUGUAUUGACUACUGAAGAGUAUUUGUGAAACUUGCACCUGAACUCGCGUAACCACAAAGCAGUAUUUCCCGCCAUGUUGAGAAACCAAUCAAAACCGACAGUCAUCAAAAUCUCGUAAUUUGUACAUAUCACGUGACUUACCUCAUUCCUUCACAGAAGACGGACGCUUGCCGCAGGCGGUGAAUAAUCUUUUCACUCAUGUUUUGUUUAGCAGGUUUUGAGUUUUGUUUGAGUCCCUUCUUGGAGAGAUGACGAUAGGUUUGCAGUAAGCCAUGACUAGGCCAGUGACUGCAGAUUUACGACGAGAGAGCCUCGAUAUGCUCGGAGUUGGCGGCUCUUUUAACGAGAAACACAACGCAAAUAGCUUUGUUGACGAGGCCACAGAAAAUUUUCAGAUGCGAAGACUCGAUCAGGCUUCGAAGAAGAGUGCGGAUUCUGCGGUUCAGAAUGGACAGAGGAAUAGAGAUGAAAAACACAGGCAACGAUUUACAGGGAAAAUAUCCAGGAUUUUUCCUGAAGACUAUCGAAAAAUACAGAACUAUUGCUUCAGAUUCUUGGAGAUGCCGCGUGGGUUUCUUUCGUUCUCUUAUCAUGCUCUUUUGUAAGUACCAUCCAUCUUUCCUGUUGCUGUUGGCAGCUAGUCUCCCGGCUUCAUCAAUAUUUUAUUACGUGAAAGCGAAAAAUUACAACUUAUUGCAUGUUUUAACAGCUUUUAAUACAGAAUUUUUGUGUCGAAAUUAGCACUUGGUUUUUCACCCCUCCAGUACAACCUUAACUUCACGCGUUUAUUUAUUAUUUUAAUAUUCGAACUCUUCUGUUUUUAUCUCAGAGCAAUCAGUUUUUCCCCAGGGUUUACUGGUGUCAUAAUUCAGUGUUUUGAUUUCAGUCUUUUUCAUUGUGAAGUGUUUUACGGGAAUCACAGUAAUUCGAAUAACAGUUUUGAAAUUGAUUUGUGUUUAUACGCCAUUUACGCACGGUUUUCCCUCUUGAGAAAAGUUUAUGACAUACGCGCGCGUGCUGUCAAAAUUUUGGUCCUUCUUUGCCUUUAUAAUGCAUAUCAAUCAACCUUGAAAUUAAACAGUAAUUAGAUCACCGAGAACUUUCAUUUUCUAACAAUCCAAAUUGUUACUUGACUAAAUUGGCUUUGCGUGAGCAGAAAUCUUUGAUUUUGAAUUAUUUUGGGUCGUUUAGCAACUAUUAUUUUUGUUCUUCAUGGAACCAUUCUUUUAAAAGUUCUUUUGCGCAGAAUUACACUACAUGUAACUGCACAGUUCUCAAUGUUGAUCACCGGCAAAGAAAUAAUUUCUGUCCUCCUGAACCGUAUUUUUCGCUUUUAUAAUUGUAUGUUAAAAAGGUUAAUUUUGGAUAGAUUAUUUUCGUUUUUGUUGGAUCAAUUUUGAGCGAGUUUGUAUACAAUUGGACACGAAGCUAUCUCAACGCGACUCAUCCGCGAGAUUAUUUUGAAUUAGGUCAUUUAAAACGUUUUAUAUAUGCUGAUCAAUACAUCUGUUUGUGGUUUACUCCAGAAACAGAUUUUUCCGUGCCAAUCUUAACUUCGACUACUGAAACUAUUUUAACUACCGUACACAGAAUUUUAGAUACUCAUUUGGUUUGUGGCCGAGCCAUCAGAUCAACUUGCAUCUUGAAAAAGCCUAUUCUUUAAGGUUAGCUCUCAGUGAGAGUACAUCAAUUGAUGUAAAAACUUUGGGUGUUCUGUUCCCUGACGACAACAGCACUGCAGUUAUUAUACACAAACUGCACUUCACUACGCCCUUAAUCUAGCUAACCCUUGCUAUGAGAGUGGAUAUUUUUAAUAAUAGCCAAAUUUGAAGAAAAAGAAAUUUGUUUUAUAAAGUUGUAAGAAAAAAUAAAUAGAUAUAUCCUUGACAAAUUAUUGCCAGAGCAGUCAAAUUUGAAUUGUGAUCCAAUACAGCAUUUUAUCAGCAUGGGUGGAAAAGUGAAAGCUAUAUAUUGAAUGUCCAAAUAAUAGUGUGAUAAUAAAGAAGUUAGCUGGCCCUUUUGUUUCUCAAUUGUUUCAUCCAUUUUGGGGGGUAUUGUGUGCUUAACAAGUCUGUGAAACUUUAUGAGGUGAGGGCUUUACGCCUAGAAGUGGUGGUUGUCAGAAUUUGACAAAAUUUCUCAUUUCAUUGUGUAAAAUGCUGAAAAAUAGUCACUUCUCAUGAAAGUACUUUUUAAGAGGUUUGAAUUCAUUGAAUACCCUCAAAACAGGAUUUUGUCCACAGUCUUGAAUUAAGUUAGAACUGCUUUCUUGUAAGUCUUCAUUUUUCACUCUUGAGAGAUAUGGGUUAAGAAAAUGUUUUUGUCAAUUUGUCAAAAGUGCAGUAAUAAUUACCUGUAAAGUUAGCUAUCAAUCAUUUACCUGUAACCAUUACCAUUGGACUCAAAAUAAUUGUUAUUGUGUUGUUUAGCAGUUUUUAGCAUAUUAUUACAUAUGUUUUUACAUUAACCACCAGAGCUUUUUAACGUAAGAGAAAUUUUUUCAAUGCACUAUUUUAGAUUUGGCUUGGUGUUAUUGUUAGUCAUGUUCCUAAAGGUGAUGUUUUUGUUUGGUAGAUAGGGAUUUUGGCAGAACAGAUCUUUAAAACAAAUUGCUCAAAUUUUUGAUCAGUGUUUCUUGCUGUGUGCGUUUAUAAACACCCACGCUUUACAAGAGAAUGUUAACAUCGACCUUUUUGUUCAGUCAUUAUAUAACAUGUACCAUCAUGAUAGAUCAUUAAUUUGUUGGCAGAAAAAGAGUGCAGUGUAUGAAAAGACAUCCUAUCCCUUUUCGAAAACUGCACUUUUACUUGGGGGAAUUAAUUUGUUUAUUCACGGGAAGAAAUGGCAGAUGUUUGAUUCACUCUGGUGGUAACAACUAGUUGGGUUAGGAAAAAAACCGCUAGUUGUUUAUUCCUUCUGAUUCGCCUGGUUGCUUGUAGACUUACAACUGUUUAAAGCUUCCUCUUUGAGUGUGCGUGAUAAGCAGAGCCGGUUAGGUCAUCUAGGUCAUCUGUAUAAUAUAUUUAGGAGUUCCCCCUUAAAUCUUGCCAAGUUUUCUUGAAUCAUGUACUUUGGAAAGCAGGAAGUCUUGUAAGAUUGCUUUGCUUGAUGGCUUUGAUUCAAUGACCAAAUUACUCAGUUCCAUCUGAAGACUCAUUUUAAAGAACUUCUUUGUACCACUCUAUUAACAGACCACCAGACAGUUUUCCUCAGUACCCCCUACAUUUAUUUGAUUAUUACCACUUCAAGAUUCUACCCAAGAUACUCAAGUCCGUAAGCAUUGUUUAAAGGAGUAUUGUGCCCCAUAAUUUUGAUUUUCCAACUAUUUGACAGGAUUUCAACUACAUGAGUGGACUCAAUUUAGAUCAUCAUAAAAAAAACCGCAUCGUAAGAAAAAUCGAAAGCACCGCUGUGUCAUAUUUUUUCCAUCUCAUGAGUUUCAUGAAGAACUCAGUGAGGUUUAAAUCAUGCAGCUUUCUUUUGAAUUAUGCUCCCAUUGUACCAUGCUCUUUAUUGUUAACAGCAUCACAGGAAAGUUAGCUCAAUAGCUUUUACAUGUAUGUGAAUAACUCUUUAUGAAAACUAUACGUGUUUUCAACAGCAUGACUGUUCUGCAAGGGUCAGAGAUUAAAAUCAGUCUGGCAUAGUGGUUGGUUUUCAUUCUUUAGCUUUAUCAGAUCUGCCUCAGUUGUUUUUCUGGUGUUUUUGGCUCUGAGUUGUUUUUAUCACCAAGUGCCAAAAACAUCCUGGAAUAAUAGUAUUCCUGAUUAGAGGAAGUACUAAGUGUGUUCUGUCAAAAUUCUUGUUAUUAAAAAGUUAUAACCUUUACUAUCCAACAGGAAAAUUAAAGAGGUUUUUGGCUGUAAAUUGUUUUGAUCAUCAACAGCGAAAAAUUGUGGCAUUCCUGUUUACAUGUAAAAUAGUGUGUUUUACUAAAUUCCAGUCACCCCACCUAAGCCAUGUAUAAAAUUAAUGCCAAAAAACGACUGCAAACACUUUUGCUCCUAAAUGUCUAGAACUGAGGGAAGUAUCCAUGGACAUUUUGUGGUUUCAAAAAACAUCCUUACCUACCCCUUGGAGUGUUAUUGAAAAUUCUGAGGGGGGCGGGGAGUGCUCUUAGAGCAAAGGUUUGUUUUAAGGAGAACUAUAAUACUAAAUUGGAAUUUUGAGAGGUUAGAAAUGUGGGUGGGGGGGGACUCAAACUAAAACCCUUCCAUAAGGGGCAGAGUGUAGAUGUUUCCAGAAACAGCUGAAUAGUUUUAAUGUUCUGCUGUCAGAAUCAAAGGCUAAUGGCCUGAUGAUCAGUGCAAAGGCAAAAUUUUUUGUGCUAAACUUCCUAAAUAAUAAUGUUCCUAGCAUUUUCAAAGACAAACACUUAAUAUUUGAAAAGUAAUUAAUAUUUCAAUUGUGGCUUUCUGGCUUUUCCUUAUCUCUUUUAGAUGCAUCUACACUUAACCCCUUAAACCCAAAUAUCAAAAUUCAGAUUCUCAUUUGUUAUCCCUAUAUGUUUUCAAUAGAAGUAGUUGGGAGAAUUUGUUGAAGUAUCAAUUAGAUUCAUCAUUCAACUCGUGUGAUCAUGUCCUUAAUUCUCAUGACCACUCUGUUUUAUAAAGCAGUGAUAUUACAAGGAGAAAUUUCAUGCUGAUCACUCUUAGGGCUUAAAGGGUAAAUGAAGCUUUUGACGGGAAAUGAAAGACAUUGUUCGGUUCCACUUUAUCUUUGUUUAAAAGGAGCUACAUUGUAGAUCACUAUUACAGUAUUUCAGAUGUUUUUGCAUAUUUGACACUUUAUUGUUCGUGUAAAACAAGCUUUACAAUGUCCAUGUAUAUGGCCAUACUCAAGUUAUUAGCAAUUUACUACCGGACAAAAGUAAUAGUAAUUAGAACGUCAUUGUCAUCAUGUUAUCACCAAAUUAUUGGGACAAAAAGGAGAAAGAAAAUCUGUCUCAAAGCUUAAUUUACAUUUUCUACCCUAACUGAAAAAGUUCUGUCAUUAAACCUUUGAAAUGUUUUCAACAUGUUCUAGCACUGUAGCAAAUGUGAAACUGCUUAACCCAAGUCAUCAAGAGAUACAUGCAAUAAGUUUCAUUUUGUAAACAACCGAAGAAGCAAAGUAGUACAGUGUGAAAGUACUGCUAAUAAUUAUACAAUGUAUUUCAUUUGAAUGGUCACUCCACAGCAUUAAUUAUGCAGUCUGUAAAGUUCCAUUCACUAUACAUCAAAGUACAUGUAACAUUCUUACAGUUGAUUUAUGACCAUUUAACAAACAGGAUUGGGCAGGCUAUUUGGGUUUAUAAAUUAUACAGGAAUGUAUAGUUUCUUUCAGCUCAAUUCAGCGAUAUUUUUUUCACAUAAAGAAUAUUACAGAAUCUUUCAUUUUUGAUUGCUCACAUAUUGAUACAAAUUUUGUUAAUUUAUUUCUCUCUAACCCUUUCUUAAUUUUUCUUGUUUGCAGAUUUAUACUUGUGAUAGUUAGUUUAAUUUUAACUGUGUUGAGCACAGUCCAAACAGAAGAAAAGAACUUUCAAGACAUUUUACAUGUACCUGUAUUAGUUGUGGUAAGUUCUUGAAAAUCAAUGGCCGCUUGUUUCAUUUUCUUUACAGAUGUUUUGGGCUCAUACACCAACCUCCCUUUCACUGUGUGUGUCUGUGAUAGAGUCCAAGAUUAAAGGAGUGGUUAAUAUCAGAUUCCUUGUAUUCAAAGAGAUGAAAGAAAUGUAAAGUCCAAAAAUUGAUUUUAGUGGAUUCUCUAAGUUCAAACUCCUGGAUUUCAAUAAAGGAAUAUUUUUAGAUUUGGAUCACCCCCUCCCCCUCCCCCCCCCCUCUACAGAAAAAUGUACACAAAGUCACCGCACUUUACAUCUAAGUCCAUUGAGGUGCAGGUUUUCACAGCAAGAUGAAGUUUGAGACCAUUUAAUGAAAAGUUUAAUUAUACUCUGUUCCUUCUUUAUUUACAUGACAUUGUAAAUCAUGUAAUCAACAUGUUCUUCUGUAAACAUUUUGUACAUGUAGCAUGUUUUGAACUCAAUUCGCUUGAUUUCUUUUUGUUUUUUGUUUCUUUCACAGGAAAUUACAUUGAUAAUUUUAUUUGUGAUAGAGUAUAUUAUACGACUGUGGGCAGCGGGCUGUCGCAGUGCUUAUGUAGGAAUAAAAGGAAGGCUACGUUUUGCUGUUCAAAUCUAUUCAAUCAUAGGUAUGCUGGGCGAAUGAAUUUCUUUUUAUUUUGGUGUCGAUGGUCACUUGUGUCAAAAAUUUUGUUUAUAUAGUGUUUGUACAGGUCAUGGAAAACCUGGAAAGUCAUGGAAUUGAAGAAUUUCAUUUUCCAGGCCUGGAAAGUCAUUAAAUUUAAUUGUUGGUCCUUGAAAGUCUUGAAUAAUGAAAGUUGUGUGUGGUAGAUUAAUUACCGCAGAUGGCAAAGCAAGGAAAACUUAAGAUCAAGAGGAGUAAUUAAACAGUGCAAACAGCAUGCAUUUUGGUGGACACCAGAGUUUUUGUCUGUUGAACUGUUUAAAGUCAAAAAUAUGCUAAAACAAGAAAAGUUUUGACAAUUUUCAAAAGUGACAGCUAAAGCCAAGGUCAUGGGAAACUUGAAAGGUCAUGGAAAUAGUUGUGGAAAGUUGUAGUUAAUUUUCUGUUGUAGUUAAUUUUUUAUCUCAGGUAACUUUCCUGUGUUUUUAAGUAUGGUAAUGUAUGGUAAUGAAGUCGAAACAAAGGAAAAAUAAAUAUUACCUGAGAUAAAAAAUUAACUACAACAUCUAUAAAUAAAUAAAAGCCUAAUAAAAUGUGUCAGUACUCUAUAAUGCUGCUACAACACUCUGAAUUUAGGUUGAGUAUCCUCUGAUAGCAUUGAGUGCAUUAAUUUGUUAUUUUUCCUUGAUCUGCAGAUAUGAUAGUUAUUAUUUCUUCAAUUGUGGCAAUCUCAGUGGCCAGCUACGCUUCAUCUUCUUCAGUUAGGUAACAACACUUGAUGCAUUUAUCAUUAACCUUACCUUAUUGCAUUGAGCUGCAUGGGUAACCUGAAAUUUUUAUUUGUUUCCAUUCAGGCUUUUAAGAUUUCUUCCUCUUCUUCGAGUAUUAAGAUUUGACCGUCAGGCAGGAACGUGGAAGCUUUUAGGUUCUGUUAUUUAUGUUCAUCGCCAGGUGUGGAUCGUUUUAUUGUCUUGUUAAAAGUCCUGCAUAAUUCUUUACUGAUAAAAAAUAUGGACUCGCAACUUGCCAAGCUCGACGUAAUCAAAGCUCUUUCCAAACACUUGUCAAUCUCAUUAGUUAUUCAUGAAGUCAAAAGCCAGUAAAUUACGACUGUUUGGGUCAAGUGGACGAAGCUUGAUACCUAAUGAAACACCAAAUAAAACGCUACUAUGUUUUCAUCUGAGAUGAAACAUGUUUUUCAUCUGAGAUCAGACUGCGAUGAUCUUCUUUCAUAUAAUUCUUCACCCUGCAUUUCUUAUAUAUGAUUUUCAUAUAUUCAUAACUUGUCGCGAGACUCGCUUUGCUCGCUCAAAUAGGAGAGCUUGCUCACAGGCUACUAUGGUUCUUGACUUGGACUCAUGAUUUUUCACAAGAUGAGUCCCAUCAUAACUACUUCUAGCAAAAUCACUGAUCAACAAGAGGGAAUUGCUUUGAUCUUUAUGAAGUCCUUUCAACUUAGUGGGAUGGAGAUCAAUCUGGGCAAAUUAAUGUGAAUAUUGGGGCUUACAAGGUUAAGGGGUAGGAACUGUAUAAAGCUUAGAGUUUUUUUGGACCUAGUAAACUGUCCAAAACUUCCAGUGAUUUUGUUACCUCUGCGUUCCGCGCAUCCCUGAGGCAUAAAAAUCCCCAAAGACUCAAAAUACUUCAUGAAAUGCGUCUCUUAGGAUGCAAAGAACAAUCAGUCCAUUUCAAGAUUUUUUGGUAGAUUUUCCUGUUUGUGUAAUUUCUGUGGCUGCAUAUUUAUUUUAGUAUUUUUUGUGCAUUAAAUAUAUGAGAAUUAUAUUAUAAUUAAAUCUUCAGUAAACUGUAAUACUGUCUCCAGAUUAAAUGUCUGGUUACAUAAAUACCCAAGCAUUUUCAAUAAUUACGACUCCUUGUUUUUUGAAUUGGGACUCAUGAUUUUUCACAAGAUGAGUCGCAGGACUCAACAUAACUUGUAACAAAAUCACUAAACUUCUUUUUUUUCAUUAUUAUUUUCAGGAACUUCUAACAACAUUUUACCUUGGUUUUCUAACAUUGAUAUUUGCUUCAUUUGUACUGUACAUGGCUGAAAAAGAUGCCAAUGACACAGAUUUUGAAAGUUGGCCAAGUUCAUUUUGGUGGGGAGUGGUAAGUACUGUCAGGUGUUUCCCCUGAAGUCAGAGAGAGAGGAAGUUGAGCAAUAUGUUGAUUGCAAUGGCAACCAAAACAUCAAAAAGCACUUGGUAUUAAUUAGUUACAUGUUCAUCAGCAACUCUGCAUGCAUCCCACUUUUUGAUACAGUUGUUAACUGUCAUGGCAUGACUAGCCUGCAAAAACAUCCAUUUCUCCUUGCUCUUCGCCGCCGGGGAGGUUUCGCGUGGAGGAGCAUCUGCGACUCAGCGGCAGAAAUUCCAUACUGAUGACACAAUCCAAUGGUUACAUGAUAAAUCCAGUAGUCAUGGGGUUCCAAAUACAAAUUUGUCCAAUUUUAUGUGUCUUCUGUUCGAUUUUGGUAAAGUGUUGUGUUUAUCUGCCAACGAGCUCCAGCAAAACUCAAAUGCUUCUUCUAGAGAAGACUAUAUUCCACAAAUAUUGACUGUUUUGUUAGAGAUUCUUCGCGUUUACAUUUGACCUUUGUGGCCUUUUGUCUUUUGUCUGUCAUUUGUAAACAAUAGCUAAAACAAUGUAACUACUCUGUCAACCAAUCAGCGCUUCUGACGGGAUUCUGAACAGAUUUUACGUCAUCAGUAUGGAAUUUCUGUCGCUGAGUUGCAGACAUUCCUCUGCGCAAAAUGUCCCCAUUGGCGAAGAGUGAGGAGAAACAGAAUGUUUUUCCAGGCUACAGCUUAACUGCCACAAGAAAUUUCUAAUUUCGCAUUUUGUGGAGGAUGUAAACACAUGAUGAUGUCAAACUGUGUUCGUAGAAUGUGUGUGUCCUUAUUUUCUUCAAAACAAUGUGUGAGGAAACAAAUUAUUGGAUUCAGUUUCUGUGAUAUCUGGAAUAAUCUAGAGGUCUCAGUAAGUGUUAUCAGCCAAAGCGGAACACUGGCCUCGACCUUGAUUAUUCUGGAUAUCACAAAAACAGAAUCUGGAUCUAAAGGUAGUGUUUAUAUAAUAUUGAUUUCACAGGUUACUCUAACUACAAUUGGAUAUGGUGAUGCAACUCCUAAGACUUGGCAUGGAAAGCUGUGCGCUGCUCUAUUUUUUCUUUGUGGCAUCUCAUUCUUUGCCCUCCCUGCGGUAUGUUCUGAUUUGAUUACAUUAAUUUGCUUAUGAUUAUUAAUCAGUCCAACAGCAAGGUGCAGUGAACCUUGUUAUAACUUCUAGUUUGGAUGGGUGUGUUGGCUAGUAAGAUCGUUCAUCUUGGGCAAUGAAAUAAUUUCACAUAAUUAUUAUGUUAUUCUAUUGUUUUUAAUAUUUCAUAGCCAAAACUGUGAAGCCUUUUUGAAACUUUACAACCCCACUGUUUAUUAGCAAAAAAAUUACAUUACAUGAUUUUAUCUCUUGGCACUAUUGCCUCAGUAACUAAGUCUAACUUUCAAUCUGUUUUAUAUUAAAGGGUAUUUUAGGAUCAGGGUUUGCUUUGAAAGUCACACAGCAACAGCGCCAAAAGCAUUUUCACAGGAGACGAAGGCCUGCAGCAAUUCUUCUCCAGGUAAACUGUCUGUUUUUAGCGUAAUGGUGAACUACAGCCUUAUUCAUUUGAGAUUGCAAGUGACACUUCAAGUACAGUUACAUGUAGUUUUCCCUGAGAGAGGUGGCUUACAUCAUCCUUUUGAGCUUUACUUGUAUGACCAGUUGCAGAAUUUUUCUAUUCCCAGUCCUGCUUUACUGAGAAGUAACCAAACUUUCCAUUGAAACACAGAUUGAAUGCCUCUCCUUUCAGGGUGCAAAGAAAAUCAUUUUUACAGCUUGCCAUUCGGGCAAGCUAAAGCUAGAAUAUACUAGCCCAGACGUCAUUUCAGCUAGCCCCAAAAGCUUUUUGACGAGGAGAAUUGAUUUCACGGUUCUUCCUUAAUUCAAAUUGCUCAAAAAACAUCACUUGACCAUUGGGCAAGUUUACAACAGAAUUCACUAGGCCGGUAGCAAAAUCCACUAGCCCCUGGCUAUCGGACACUACUUUCUUUGCACGCUGCCUUCUUAUGUGGAAAUUUUCGGAAAGAUGUUUUUUCUUUCAACCAGUUAUUGCAGUUUUUUACCAACUGGUCUUUGAUCAUUCAGUCUUCAAACAUGGGGAGUGGCAGUGUUUCAGAUAUACGAGAUGGGUCUCAGGUCAAUGACCUGACAAAGAAGGCUUCCCAGGGUGCAAAGAAAAUCAUUUUUACGGGCCAGCUGAAUCUAGCAUUUACCAGCCCAGAUGUCAUUUCAACUAGCCCCAAAAACUUUUUGACUAGCAGAAUUGAUUUCACAGUUCCUCUCUUAUUCGAAUUCCUCAAAAAACAUCACGUGCCCGUUGGGCAAGUUAAAAACAGAAUUUACUAACCCGAUAGCAAAAUCCACUAGCCCAGGGCUAUCAGACAUUACUUUCUUUGCACACUGCUUCCUGACCCAACAGAUGACAUAUAAGUGUUAAGUUAAAUAUAACGACAAAACUGAGCAUGUGGUCUUGGUGACCUCUUGGAUGGUCUACAUGACCCCCUGCUUGAAAGAAUUGACUGAAAUGCUGAGUGGCUUUGGUCUUUACUCAGAAGACUCCUAAGUUUGAAACACUUGGCUCUUUAGAAACAAGAAAGAAACUGGUGAAAUAGUGUGCCCGGCAAUUUUUUUCUGAGGCUGUUACUGGGGACACGCUGGUCAGCUAUUGGCCAAUUUUUUUCCUGUCCCUUGUAACAAGACAACUAACAACUUCCGAAGUCUUUGCAAAAGUUAACUUUUCCCAGUGUCCUUGUAUGUAUAAUAUGUAUCAAUUUUAUGUAAAGAGGGUAAAGUAAAACAGUAAACUGACACACCUGCCGCCGUCAUUGUGCAACAGUCAACAAUUACAUUAAGAAGUUUAAACUAUAUAUGAUAGAAUAAACUGGAAUUACAAUAUUAAAAGUACAACAGUAAAAUAAAAUCAAAAAAUUGUAAAUAAAAAGAUAUCAAGUAAUAAAAAUCACAAUAAAGAAAAUUAAGAAGAUGCAUAGAAGUCAAUUAAGGGCUUUUUAAAACUAUGUACACAUUCGAUCUUCUUAAAAGAAAUUGGUAUUUUUUUCCAUAAUCCAGCUGCCCACACACUAAAUGUACGCGCCCCUUCGGUUUCACGUUUAAAGCGAGGGCAGACUAAGUUCAAGGAGCUAUUUUGGCUGUUCCCAGGGUUUGCACGCACCAUUCUCAUGUGCCUAAAAGGAGCAAACACUGGAAGACCUUCAGGAUAAAUUUGCUCAUGUUGUGAAAGAACCAAAAAAGACGGACUCAGGCUCUUUUUUGCACUGAACGGAGUCCUUGAAAAAAUGGGAAAUGUGUCCUUGAAAAGACCUUGAAUUUUUUGUCCCAAAAAGGGUAUGAACCCUGUAUUCCGACCAUUUAUGUCCGAAUUUAAUACCAGAAGAUCGUUCAUGUAGCUUGGGCUAUGCCCAUUAAUACACUUCAUUAAGUGGCAAAUAUGCAUUUCAUUAUUCAUUCUUUUUACCUUUUUCCCCUUUUCUUUUAGUCCUAUUGGCGACUUUUCUGUGCUGAUCUCAACUCUAAAUCAGUGGCGACUUGGCUGCCAUCAAUUUACUACAAUCGACAACAACAUCUUCUGAAAAGUGUCUUGGAGAAAAGUGGAACUGCCACAGGUACGGCACAUGGCGACAACAGUCCUGAUCUAAAUAAACGGAAACGUUCCAUUUGGAGCAAGCCACAGAAGGGUUUAAGGCGUGGCUCUUUUGACGCCCGCUUCUCUAGAUCAGAGUCACCACUGACAGGCAUUCUUGACAGAAAAUCAAGCGCUUGCAGUGUUCUAGACAGUGAUUUUCUGGGUGAGAUUUCCGCGGGUUAGGUCGUAAAUGGCACUGUAAGGUCAAAUUUGGCAUCAAGUGUUACUUCAUUGGCUGUAUGCUUGUAAGGUUUGAAUUCCAAAGGACCUCCUUUUAAAUAGGUGGUUUUGAAUAAUGAGAACUGGUCUGAGAAUCGUUGAUACUGAAGGAGAAUGAAGAAAGUCAAAUCUAGUAAGCUAACUUGCCACUGAUGUCCCAUUUGAUGCCAAAUUGCACCGUGUGUUACAGUUCCUCUCUCAAAAGCAACUGUUCCUCGAAGAGUGGUUGUCUAGUUUGUGCUUCUGUGCUAAACUCUAUUGGUCGUCUCGUGGAUAACCUGUAAUAAAAUGGCACAGGGACAGCUGGGUGCGGCCUUUAGGGUCUUGGAAGAGAGGGAUGUAGUGAUCCCUUAGAUUUCAUGCGAGACUACUUCAAUUGUAGUUACCAUCAGCACGGACUAAUUCAGAUACACCACAUCAGCUUUUAAAGUCAGUAAUGUGCAUGUUGAAGAACAAUGUUUUGUUAUUGGUGAUCUCACUUUUAAUUUUCUUUACCUUUAUAGUCUCAUUCUUCUUCUGCUGACUUGCACUUUGCACACUGAUGUGUAGCUCAUAGUGAGGAGUGAUAUUACAAGUCUAGAUAUGCACCUAACGUUGCAUGGGUGAUGAUAAGAGUACACCAGUUUUCUCACUGGAAUCCUUAACCUGUAGCCUUUGAAUACAGCCAUCUCUUGUCGCUUCUCGUCCCUAGGGACGUUUCGUGGGAGAGUCGUCUGCGCUUCAAUAACAGAAAUUCCAUACUGAUGACAUCAAUCAAUGUUUACAUAAAUAGUCAUGGGGUUCCAAAUGUAAAUUUGUUUGAGUAUAAGUUUCUCCUGGUCUAUUUUCUUAAAGUUUUGAGUUAUUCUGUGAAUAAGCGGCAGCAAAACGCAAUUACAUUUUCUAAAGGAGAAUGUAUUCCACAAAUAAUGACUUUUUUUGUAGUAGAUUAACCUCGUUUUCAUUUGACCUUUUGUCUUUUUUUCUGUCAUUUAUAACAAUACCUAAAAGAAUGGAAUUGCUACGUUGUCCAAGCAGAGUAUCUGACCAGAUUCUGGCGAGAUUUUUCGUCAUCAGUAUCGGAAUUCUGUUGUUAAGGCACUGAUGUCUUUUUCACGAAACGCCCUUAGCGGUGUAGUUUGCUGUGUAGUAGACCAUUAGCGGUGAGGAGCACGGAGAGUUGGCUGCCUUCGCAGGCUUCUUCAGCUGUGAUAUCGGUCACGGAUGUUAAUGAGCGGGAUACCUCAAUAUUAUUUGUUCACCAGUUCAACGCAAUAACUUAAACUGGAAAGACUAAGUGAAGUUUUGUUCUAAAGUGCUUUUGAAUACACCUACUGGUACCUUUAUUUUAGUUCAUGUGUAAACCUGCCAAGAGAUCGACAGAACAGUCAAUCACUUUGAACUGAUUUGAUUGCAAAUGACAAACAAGCUGUAACAUACUCACUAGAUUUGAACCCAGGCCUCACACAGAUGUAUCUUUGAACAUGCUUGAAAACAUAGUUACAAGGGGAAAGUAUGGGAAAGUCUGUAGCAUGUCACAAGUUGAAAGUUUACUGCACAAAAUUCUUCUGAGAACAUCAUUUUUUACACUGUGUUGUGCUGUGUCAUGUAUUCACGUCAUGCCUUUCGGAUGGAUAUCCCGUUCUUUCUUUAUCAUGCUGGCUUCAUAUUUUGUUGGUGUCCUUGUUUCAUAUCAAGCGUUUUUGAUGAUCAUUAGGUCCCUUUAAAGCCCAUCAUUGUUGGCUGACAUGCAAUAAUUUGGAAAAUAAACCCGCGCGGAAAUUUAUUUAAUAAAGAAGCAAAUAUUAAUCAAACUAGUAGUAGUGUUAAGUAAGUUAAAAAGUUAAACACGAUAACUUAAAAUGCGGUUGUUAAUACAUAAUGUUAAAUAGAGGGAAAUGUUUUAACAAUAAAACCGUAAGUAGUUAUAAGAAUUAUGAAUUAAUGGAUGAAAGAAAAGUUAUGAUUUAGCGGUAGCAUAAUUCGCAACUUGACUCUACCAAUCUGAAUUUGAAUGUGUCUUCCUUUCCGUACUAAAUUGGAAAAUGUUGGUUUUGAGCAGGUAAACUUCUCUUAGCAAGGGAGAUCCAAUGACAUUCUCAAAUCACAUGGUUUAAGGGUUCAAGUGGCUUUUAAGAACAAAAUUAGGAUCAGCUAUCAAGCUUCGUCGGUUAAAGUAUAAUAAAAAUUGUUACUCUUAAGCGGAUUGCGCUAACAAUAGUGAUACAAAGGUCUUGUGUCAUACCUCACGACAAAAAUUUGGGCAAGCUCCAAUGGUCUUUUGAAGUACAAAUAUUAAUAUUAAUGCUUCUUUAAGUUAAGUUAAAUGGAUUAUAAAAGUAAAUGUAUAUUUUCAGCAGAUGGCCGCUCUAAACCAGGUUUAUGCAGUAGUCACGAUGCACUUAUGACGAUGUUUUCAUCCCAUAAUAUUCACUGUUCUAUCGUACAUCCAAUAAAAGGAUCGAGCCCAGGCUCGUUAAUGGGUGGUAAGUUCAUGUUCACAGGAACUAACCUCAGUGUUUUAAAUUCAUGUAACUGAUUUCAGCGCGUGUAACUAGUUAAAAACACCAGCAAAUCUAAAAUAAUUAUCAUGCGAAAUCAAAGACGUGUAAAAUCUUAAACUUGUGGAUUUUCAACUCUCUUUGCCAAGUUGGUUGCCAGUGUAAGUCUGAGAACAGAGAAUGAUAUAGGCUUGCUUAAAUUUAACGUUGCUUACAGGUUUGUGAAUAUGUGAAAUUAACUCUAAACAAUAAACAGUUGACAUAGUAUUUAGAAUAAACGAGGUCUCAAAACCCAGGAUAGAAAACUUAGCAGCACGCACAAGCUUUCCACUCCGUCGCGGAAUCUUUAUCAAGUCAUG